GGAGCCGACUUCAGCGUCGUUGAAUUUGCCAAGGUUUCCGUUGUCAAGGAAGCGCGUCGGUGGUUGCCAAGAUGGCGGGGUUAUUGCAAUUACCGUUAGCCUACAGCUAAAUUUUAGGUCCAGAUGAACAUUAUCUGUUACAGAAUUAGUUAGAUUUAUAUCAGAAAAGAUAGCUUGCAACCCUGCUCGAAUAGGCUUGCCAAUUAAACGUUUAAACUGUAGCCAUCUAGCUAACUUUGGUGUACUCUUGCUAGUGGAGAGUGGACAAUAUGAAGCUAGAAAAGGUUAGCUAGCUAACUAACACUUAGCUAGCUUGCUGUACAUUACUGUCUCGGUUAAUCUGCUUCUUAAAAUACUACAGCGUGCUGCUAACAGUAUAUACUAGGAGGCAAGUGCUGUUGCUGAACGCAAUUCAAUGAAGAUUGUCGUCAACUCCGCGGACUUUUAAGGACUGCCCAAUCCUGGGGAUUCGACAGGAUGCAGGUUCAGAAGGGCAGUUCUCAUAUGUAUCCUUUGAUGGCAGACUUCGAUUUGAUUUUGGAAGAUGAGCAUCACAUAUUAGUGGAGGAGCAGAAAGCAUGCCGUUCCAGGACCCGCAAGUUCUCCCUGGAAACAAAUCGCCGCCGGAAAGCUCUGGAGGAAAGGAGGAGGGAGGAGGACAUUCGGGAGCAGAGGCUGAGGGAGGAGAUCCUGCAGCAGCGCAGGCACGAGGUGCAGGAUGUCACUGAACGCUUCCAGAGGGCUCAUCUGCCCCCCUCCCAGAGGAAGAGACAAGCUUCCAGAAGGGCUACUCCUCACCUAGAAGAGGCUCUAUAUCAGAUUCAAGGCUCUUCCAACUCCUCUGCCCUACAAUCCACAUUCUUCCGAAGCCCCACCAGUAACAGGAGUUAUGCUUCCUCACCCAGUUCCUCGGCAAGCUCAGCUGGAUCCCGCUACCAGAAGCAGCUCUCGGCAGCAGUGGCCUACGCCAAGCUCAUGCAGGAGAGGAGCGGGGCUGCGCUGAGGAACAGCCAGCUGCUGUUUCAGAAUGAGCUGCAGGAGAAACAGCGCCUUCUAGAGGAGCGGCAGAUCAACAGCCUGCAGGACUUUCAACGAGAAGUUGGUCAAAUCGGCGAAUCGGAGAGCCUGUCCAGUCUGGAUAGUUUGGAAAACGAGGGCACCCACCACAAACCAGCAGUGAGCCUCGGAUUCACGUCCUGUUCCUCAUCAGAGAAUUCCGAGGUCCUGAACUGCACCAGACCCCAGUCCCCACGGAAACACUUCAACAGUCAUAAUAAUUUGCACAGGCAACAGAACGGGGCUGUCACAGACUCUUGUCCCCCAACGCAGGAUACGGAGGAGCCUGGAGAGUACGAUAAGACCACACUGGCCAGAGGGGAGCCAAUCACAGAGAGACAGAAACCAGCCCCUGUUCCAAGUCAUCAAGCCACACCCACCCAAAGAGCAAUAGGGGAUAAUGUAGUCCACCCAGCAUUCCUGGGUGAACCCGAGAAGGCCCCCGCAGGCACGCCCUGGAAAGCAUGGGGUAGCCCGGACCCCACGCCCCCUGAAUUCUCAUGGCCGACUCAAGGGGACGUCUAUGAACAGAUGAGAACUCAAACGGACAGGUUUAGAAACCACACAGAAGCCACUCAGGUUGUAUUGCCCUCCAGCUUGUGCAGUGAUAGAGAUGUCUCUGGCUACAGCUCUGAAGAUCCCAGUGCUAUAUCAAGUGCUGUGAGUCAGACAAGCACAGAUCAGGAGGCUUCUGUCACCAAAUCCAUUGAAAGGAUGAGUCACCUGCAUAAGAUUGAUCUGGCCUGCAAUGCUAAGACUAGCUGCGAUAAGGAUGACUGUGAGACCAGAAACACCCUGACCAAGCCUUCAGACCCUUGUGAUCUAACCUUUAAGAGGUCUCUCAAAAAGGUGAACCAAGGUCAUGAGCAUGAGGCGCCAACUAGAGUAGCCUUAGCUUCCACUUCCAGUUCAGCCUCCAAGGCUGAUAGCGCAAAAUCCGUUAAAGGGAUACUCAAAAAAGAAUCAAAAUAUGCAACCACGUGCCACACCAAGCUAACCUUUUCCCCGGCUGACUGUGCUAUAACCAACCACUUCUCGGUGUCCGUCAAGGACAGUGUGGAGGUGGUGAAGCAGAGGGAGAGAGAUGUGGAGGUUGGGAAGGGCGUGAAGAAGAAACUGCGCUGGUUUGAUGAAGUGUGCUACCACGAGGAGGAGGAUGAGAGCAAGCCACUCCAGGAUGUGCAGGAACCGGGCAAGCCCUCAUUCCCUCCUCAGGGUAAAAGUGUCUCAGUGGGACACCAGGAGGGUCCAGUCCAGGCCUUGGGUUUGGGGAAGACAACCCCAGCCCCACAGGUGGUGACGCCCGUGACCCCUGCAACCCCUGUGGGUCAUCACUUGACAAAACAGGCAUGGGGGUAUGGUAAGGGUCUAGAGCGGGAAAGAGGUGAGGAGGCCCGUCCGGAGCGUGGGACCCCACGCAGGGGUCGACCCAGGGGCCCCCGGAGGGUGCGCUCUGCCAGGACCCGGCCUGGCCCCACCCCACCCAGAAUCAGGAAGGGCGUGGCAGUGAGGCCACAGUCAGCCUUCGAGGCCAGCCAGGUGCACAAGGGCACCCAGGGGAGGAUCAUCAUGCCCCGCCCUCCGCCUAGAUCCACUUCCCCUGAUGGCAGGCCAGCCCUGGAUUCGAGCACUGUGGAUGAGGGGAGGGCACCAAGUGCUGCCAAAAGUAUGCUUGGUGAUGUCCAUGGAAGGGUGGGUCCUCCAGCAGAGCAGAGAGAUGUCCCCGAAGGCUACGCCCUUCCCCUGGGUAACUCCAUCCUCACAACUACUGGGGGAGUGACCAUCACUCCCUUCCCACCCUCGUACACCCUCUCCACCUAUGAAACCAUCAGCAAGGCCACCUAUGCUGUGGGCAAUGGCCAACAGGAUGCCUUGGGAGGAGCAAGCAGACGAGGGCCGCUGUAUGUAGAGCGUGGCCUCAAUCUGGCACAGACUCCCACUGAUGAGGAGAUCUCCCAGCUGUGGCAUGGAGUCCGCAGUGCCUUAGCACCAAAAGAUGGUGAACCUCGAACCCUUGCUGCUUCUAAUGGCCUGUUAUCUGGGCCUUCCCAGGCCCGUGCCAACCUGUCCCAUGUCACCAUUGACGGUGGCAGCCUGAUCAGUGGCAUCAAAGCGGUGACAAGGAUGGGGGGGUUUUUUGUCACCACUUCCAACGCCACGAAGAGUACGGUUAGAAGGAAACAGAGUGCAGACAGUACUGGGACAAAGCACAGAGCACUUUUGGAGCAGAGGCGGGUGAACUCUGGGUCAGGAAUGAGGAAACCACCACUCCCCAGUCAGACCACUGUGCAGAUAAGUCCAUUGGGCAGUAAAGCUGACCAGAUAGCAGGUGCACUUCAAGAUGAAGCUAUGACAGUUUCUGAAAGCACAGCCCAGUUCCUGCUGGCAGAGAACCUGGCAGAUAGCUCUGCGACGGAUGAAGACAUCCUGGCCGCCAUGGAGACGGCACACGCACAGGUGCAGCAGACCGUACCGCAACAGCGCCCCCAGCCGCUGGGCCUGAGCAUGAGCGCCCUAUCUCUGGAGGAGCAGAGACUGCUGCUGUCCCUGGACCACCUCAACUACAGGCUGCAGUGUGUACAGGAGACUGCAGCAGGAAAUGCUUCUGUUCCCAAUGUCCUGCAGGUCACCGCUCCUACUAACCUGUUGUUCCAGCUGGGGGAGGGGCAGGCCAUGGCCCAGCGGCGCUACCGCGCCAACUCUGCGGACAGCCGCUCCCGCUUGGAGAGGCGAUACUGACUGGACAUCCCACUGCACCUGUCUCUCCUCCCCUCUCCCAGAACCCACAUUACCUCCUUUCCUAUCACCAAGCACUUUAAUCUUGUACUCUCUGCUGCUUAUUAAAACAAACUGUUGACUUCCACCUUUUUUAGGACGUAAACAUUUGAAGAAAUGUGAUAUGUUGCUGAAGGCAUUCCAGCCUUGCCAGUGGAAGUCAGUGUUGCUACUGUACUGUAAAUGAGAUUAUAUGGAUUUUUUUGUUCAUCCAUAUUACAUUUUAUCAGCUUAUAUACUGGAUGUUGAUUUUUUUGCAGUACACCAUAAUAGUUGUCAAGCAUUCUAACUUAAGAAUAAAUACUGUAACAGAAUAAACAUAUUUUUAUAUUUA